AUGAAAACGUAUAUCAAGGAGAAAAGACUAGGGGAGGGAACAUACGCCGUGAUAUAUCUUGGAUAUCGAUGUCUUCCUCAGGACAAGCCCCUUGUAGACUCUGGUACAAAGAUAGAGGAUACGCCUGUAGCGAUAAAGAAGAUAAAGCUAAACAAGUACACUCAAGGACACGAGAUAAGUGCCAUAAGAGAAAUUAAGGCUUUGAAGAGAAUAAGUUGCAAGUAUGUUGUCAAGCUCCUCGACACUUUUAUAUAUGACAAGUGCAUCCAUAUAGUUUUGGAAUAUGUCGAGACCAAUCUUGAAAAUGUAAUAAGAAAUCCUGAUAAAAUCAUCAUGCCGGGAGACAUUAAAGCAUGGAUGCUAAUGGUGCUGAGGGGAGUCUACGAAUGCCACAAACUAUUUAUAAUCCAUCGGGACAUAAAACCGAACAAUAUACUUAUCACAGCCGAGGGGAUGGUUAAGCUUGCAGACUUUGGACUUACCCGAGGAAUAGGAAACAAGAUGACCCCUCAGGCAGUAACUAGAUGGUAUAGGGCACCCGAGCUUCUCUUAGGAUCAAGGGAUUAUGGAAGCCCUAUCGACAUGUGGUCGGUGGGAUGUGUGUUUGCAGAACUUUUUUUAAGAGUUCCUCUAUUUGCUGGAGACACAGAUAUCCAGCAGCUUGACAUGAUCUUCAGGGCUCUUGGAACACCUAAAGAAAAAGAAUGGCCGGGGUUGUCUACUUUACCCUCGUUUCUUGAGUUUCAUCAGUACGAGAAAACGUCUUUGCGUCCUUUGUUUUCGGCUGCGUCCUCAGAUGCAAUAGACUUACUAGAAAGACUCCUUACUCUGAAUCCCGGCAAUAGAAUAAGCUGUGACGAUGCCAUAAAACAUCCAUACUUCAAGUCAUUUCCAUCCCCAACACCCAUGGGAAAGCUUCCUGUCUAA